AUGCCACCUAAAAGGAGGAAACAUUUGGGACGGCGCACGGCAGCUGACUCCGCUGCUGGAGCAGCGAGGGCGAGUGAGAAACCCCUGAACAGACUUUCACAGAUGGCCUCGAGCUCAGCUGCUCGCUUAUCUACGGAAAGCGCCGCUGUGCGGACUGAAAGUUUGGCUUCAGCGGCUUCAACCAUGUCUGCACGCCGCGCCAGGCUUUCAGUUGAAGAACGUUCAUCUCAGAAUUCACAGGACGCAGUCCGCGUGGCUAGGAAUAGUAGGGCUACAGCCGCCUCUAGAGCUUCGGAACGACCUCAAGAAACCGCUCAUCGUCGCUUUAGAAAUGCCCUAUCCACCGCGUCUGCCAGAGCCUUAGAAAGCCCUGCACAGACCACGGUUCAUCGCGUUAGAAAUGCCCGCUCCCCUGCAUCUGCUAGAGCCCUAGAAAGCCCUGCACAGACCACUGUUCGUCGCGUUAGAAAUGCCCGCUCUACUGCGUCUGCCAGGGCUGCAGAAAACUCUGAAGUACGCCGUCAGCGUGUUGUCAUCGAUGCAGACAGACGGCCUCACGGUGAGCAUGAGCGCCGCUUCAAUGCUCCUGUAUGUAAUGAAAUUGCCGCAGUCAUCCACGGUGAGGAGCAUAACAGCCGGGAUAUUGUCAUAAGGUACCGGGGCGGUGGUCUGCGUCGCAUCAGUGAAACCCACCGUUCAUACGACUGUCUCCAGUACCCCCUUCUUUUUCCAUACGGAAGCGAUGGGUACCACUGCAGAAUCCCAAUAUACCAGGGAAGCAGCGAUUCCAUGUCGACCUCAAAGACGGUCUCCUGUAGGGCUUACUACGCCUACAUGUUUAUGGUUAGGGAGGGUGAAUUUAACCACUUGCACAGGUGCCGUCAACUAUUUCUUCAAUUCGCUGUUGACAUGGCUGCAAAAAUGGAGUCGGAGAGGUUAGGAUUCAUCAAGUUAAACCAAUCAAAACUUAGAACCGACUCCUACAUUCACCUUCGUGAUGGUCUGCGUUCUGCUGGUAACCCACACAAUCUCGGCAAACCGUGCAUUUUGCAUUCCUCUUACACUUGUGGCCCGCCAUAUAUGCAUGAAAAGACACAAGACGCAAUGACCUAUGUCUGUCAUUACGGGAGGCCUGAUUUGUUCGUCACGUGCAAUCCGAAAUGGGUUGAAAUCACAAGCGAACCUUUCCCAGGUCAACAGUACUCGCACUGCCCUGACCUAAUUGUCCGCGUUUUCCGGUUACAGUUGUGUAAGCUUAUGGACUUAAUCCUUAAAGGGCAAGUCUUCGGACGCGUUAAGUGUCAUAUGUAUACAGUGGAAUGGCAGAAACGCGGUUUGCCUCAUGCCCCACAUUCUGCUGUGGCUCAACGAUAA